AUGGCGCGCGCUGCGCUCGGCCGCGCGCUGGUGGCGUCCGGCGGCACCGUGCUCGCCAUCGGCGGCGCGACCAUGCUCGUCAGCACCGUCAGCAUGGGCGUCGCCAGGGCGGUGGUCAUGGAGAAAAAGAAAAAGCUGGCGGUCAGCUGCGAGGUUUGCAAGGGCCGCGCCAAGCUGUUGUGCGACGUGUGUGCAGGCGAAUGCGCCGUCAAGUACCACCCGUUCCAGACGCUGGCACUGAACGCACGCACCCCCUACUGCGUGUGCGCAAUGUGCGGCGGCACCGGCGACCAGACGUGCCUAAAUUGCCUCGGAGAAGGCGUCACCUACCCGUCUUGA